AUUUGAAGUAGAAACCGUGUUCCGCAGUACUGCAACAGAGUCAGAGAUUUCAGCAGCGAUUUCGUACGAAUUUGUAAAGUAGGCUCCAAGAGAAAGAAAAACAGCCCUGCUUCGGUCCUAACGUGCGUGCAAGUUGUCCACGAUGAAUCGGUGCGUGAGAUACUUACGUUACUAUGGUGCCGUGCGUGCUGCCAUCCUCGUACGAAGGCCAACGGCUAAUCUAUCGGUCUGCACCGUGCAACUUGAAUAGCUUCUUUCGGCCGAUUUCGUUCACAAUACUCAACCGUCGUACAGCACACACAACGUAUGGAAAGCCACAAGGUCGGUAUAGAAAUACCGCAGUGUCUUUGCUCUGCGAGCAUAUCGAAUGAAAAAAACUUGGUAAAACUGUCCCCUCCAGUGCUACGUAGCUUCCCAAGUCUGUGUUGUUUGCCUUCGGGAGUACAACCUGCAGGCUGUAGUUCUUUCUAAGCGUUAGUUUAUGAACCCAAUAAUUUCUGUAUAAGCAGUACCCGAAUAAAGCCAUUCUGUAAGAAGAUUGGGACAACACGCGGGAUAAAGAACGAAAAUGGCCCCUGCCAGAUCGAAUAAAUCUACAAGGAAGUCUCCUACCACGCUGGCGGUCUCAACAUCUCCUUCACCAGCAUCACACCAGCGAGAAGCAACGAAGGCAAAUAUUAAAAUGUCGUCCUCUACUUUCACCGCCCGCGCGGCCCGCGCCACCCGAACCGUCGCGAGGACCUGCUGCCCGAAACUUUGGAAUACUUUCCUCACGAUGCAGAGGUACGCGAUGCGAGGCGGCAGACAGGAGGUGCUGGCCAAUAUCCCGGAAGAGGCGAAGAAAACUUCCGUGCAGUGGAGAAAAAACAGGAGACAUCAAGUGGCAAAAACUACAAGUUCCGCCGCGAAAACAAAAUCGCUCCUCGCUCUCGGCACCCAAAUUCUCUCCGCCUACCUGGUAUUCAGCGGCGCGCAGGUCUUCAGCGCUGAGUUCGGAAACACGGGCGAGCUCGUGACGGUAUAGAUACAGAGGGUUUUGCCAUCUUGUGAUAAUCAUCUUUUCAUCUCUGCGACGAUGAUCAUGAUUUCGUUUUGGCCACACGUAGUUCGCUUUCAUCGCAUUUUGCUGAGGCUCUUUGACGUUUUGUUUCCCUUGCCAGAAUUCACUAUAGACGCUGCAAGAAUGAAUAAACCAUCCAUAUCCAAACCUCUACCACAGGUUCUCGAGGACAAGCCAAAAUUUUCUUUCGUUUCCCUCGCGGUCUCGGCGAUGUUGCUUGGGAGUUUCGCUUUUAUGAUGGCCAUGUUUUACCUCGUGAACCACCCGGAUGAGGAUAUGAAGCGGUACUCCUGGCAAGUCAUCUCCGCAACCAUUUCAAUUUUCAUCGCGGUGCUCACGUUCCAGGUAUAGAGCCGUGUUUCAUUAUUUUAUUUGCAUUUUUACAACUACAUCAUGCUAGAACGCGUUUGUAUUGCUGAUUAUCGCAUGACAACAAAUGAAAUUUUAUUCAAUUUUCAAGUGGAUGAUCGAAAAGUCCUGUAGCAAAAAUACAAAUCCUGCAAAAAAAUAAAAACCUCUCUUAUUUCUCCUACGUAUCACAGGGCAUAGACAACACACUGGUGAACGCGAUCAUCACGGAGCAGGGCGGCAUCCGGCACUUACUCCUCGAUUUCACGCAGCAGUUUUGUUGGUUCUGGAUCCUCCAGUUCGCCCUCGGCAAGGCCACCGGCGCGCUCGGCGGGGGCGGGGACGAGGACGAGGAGGACGAGACCAAGGGGGAAAACCCGGACGAAGUGUGGCUCACCGAGGAGGAGAAGGAAGAAAUCGAACUGCUGGUCAUGUUUUGGGGCACGUUGAUCGCGCACAUCAACGGGUUCGCGGCGAUUAACUCCUUUUCCGACUUGCAGCAGUUAUCUUUUUAUGCAUUGCAAAAGCAUCGUACUAGUACGAAUUGCAUUACAAGCUGUUGCAGAAUGAAAAAUGCAUUUUGUAAUGCGGAUCUAGCUAUAGAAACUAGACUUGUCAUGCUGUGCUGCAAUUAGGUUGUACGAGUGCGAUACUUUUGCAGUCAAUACCUUUUUCGCCCAGUCCCCCUUCCACGCCAUUCUCACCGUCCCGAUCGCGUUCUGCGUCAUUGUCGGGUUGUUCCACCUACUCGAUUCGUAUCGGGAGCGGCUGGCGCUGCUCGAUGGCCACAAGGAUGACCGCGAAUACAUGUGGGACGCGGAGGCCGAGGAGUGCGAGAAUGACGUGGCUGGUAGAAAAAUUUUUUCGUUAUUUGCAUUGGUUCUAUAGUCUCUCAUAGUACCUCUUUACAGUCAUCUUCACAGGGGCUAUUUAACUUGUUUUUGAUGCACUCGCGGCCAUUGCGGAAACAAAGUCAAGGAUCACGAACAACAAUCUAUAAGGAUUGCCCAAAAGCUGCUAGUAAACGAUGACCACCAUAAUCCCACAAUGAAUAUUAAACAGGUCUCUGCCUUUCCUUCUUAACUGCCCAAGCCGUGACUUUCUCCACCGUCGGCAUCAUCCCGGAUAGCGAGGGUGAACUCGAGCACCUCGGCGACAUCACGGGGGAAAUGUACAUUGUGCAGUUCAUUUGGUGCCUGGUGUUCAUGGCCAUUUCCGUGCUGGUCACCCGGCUCUGCUCCUACCUGCAGCCGGAGGAGGAGUCGUUCCAGGAGCGGAUUUAUGCACUGCAAAAUUAUCGUACUCGUAGUAAUCGCAACUAUGCAUUACAAAUCUACUUGUUAAGGUAAAGCCGCAUGACAAAUUUGAUUUGUCAUGCUGAGCCAAUUUGUAUUGCGAUUUCUACUAGUACGAUGCUUUUGCCGUGCAUAGGAGUCUCGGUGUGAUGAACAACUGGAGCUGCAUGUCCUUUUCCUGGACGACGUAUCCUCAGCAAAAAAGUCCCCACCCCAGAGUUGUCAUGCAAAUGUGGAAUUGACGGGAACAUUUGUAAUGCGCAUCUCCAUGAGAGGCAUUUCUAGUCGUGUUUUGGCAUUUGUAAUGCUUGAAACAGGAUGAGAAAAUGGCUUUCUCAUGCGGCUUUCCUUGCUAGCCAGCACUACAUCGCAGCUAGAAACUUGUCAUGCAGAACUCCCAAAACUUGGAAAUUUGUGUUGCCGAUUUCUCAUCUUGACUAUUGGGUGUGGAUGUUUUUACACAGCAUACGACGCUGAUGUUGUUCCGGUGGUGCAUGUUCUACAUCGGAUUGGGGGAAGACCCGGUGUUCUUCAAGGUCGGGGUGGCCCUCUGCGCGUCCUGUGUCGCGUUUCUCCUGAUCACGGCCCUGGACAAUUUGUCCGAUGGGGAUUUCACUUCUGACCAGGUGGACAAAGCGUUGCGGCAGAUGAUCCUGGCUCUUGCAAUCCUCGUCGGGUUCGGGUGGGAACAGUCGUUUGACGUGGGUGUGGAGGCGUUGUCCGACAAAAUCGCGAUUUUCGGGAGCCACGGCUUGGCCAAGUUCCUAAUGACGGUGUUCCUGCUCGUCAUCGUCGCGCCGGCGUGGAAAAUAUGGAUUGCAAAUAUGUCUGGGUCUGGGAGGUAAUGGAUGCGAGAUUUUUCAUGCUAGUCUGGCAUGACUCUGGGAUCUGUAUUGCGUGGCAGCUUAGGGCUCCUCUUGCCUGUCAUACAAACACGCAGUUUCUCAUGCGGAAUUAUACGCAACACAGAACCAUGAAAAAACUUGUCAUGCUUGGCGGCGCAUUACAGUGUGGUUAUUAUUCGGUGACCUGCAUCACAACCUUCCAGACCCAGACACAUUUGCAUUUGAUACAAAAUUUACAUCAUUCCGACCUACUUCCGCUUACAGGAGGAGCACGACGACGCCAGGGAAGAAGCGCAGAAAGUUUACGACGAAAUCACGGGGUAUUUAUGUUUUAUUGUAAUCAUGCAUUACAAAUCUUUCUCUAAAGGUAAAUCAGCAUUACAAAUUUUAUUUCUCAUGCCGAGAAAAUUUGUAAUGCAUUUAUACGAGUGCGAUACUUUUGCGUAGGUAUAGAAAGUAUGGGCAGGAACUUUCUGGUUGUACUAUGUAGAAGUAGAGCCGCGGGUUUGGUUCUUGCGUACGCAAUCCACAAUUUUAAAACUAUCAGGCACGAUGACGACUACCACCGGUUUGAAGGCAUCCCCACCAGUUUCCAUGAUGAGUAUGGCAAGCUGAAGGACGAGCUCGAGCGCAAGCGACAGGAGGCUGAGCGGCUGGCGCUGGAGGAAUUGCACGAGAAGUACGACAUCAAAAACAUCAUUCAAGCGGCCGAAACCGAGAAGCGGGAGCGACAACAGCAAGCGCAAGCGGCGGCAGAAAAGAGCGGCUUGAAAAAGAAGUAGUCACUUCUUUUUCUAUACCGCUUGAAGAGAUUUAUUGCGAUCAUCAAUUAUUUUAUCGGGUUCUUAUUUUCAGAAAUAAAAGUUUGCUCAAGUUGUGGGGUGCAAAUGCAUAAUAUGCAAUUUUUAUCCGGCGGUAGAAGAGGGGAAGAAGUGGUGGCACUACAGAGAUUCGGACGCAAAGAUGAACACCGCCUUGUGCUUGUGUCUUUUUUUUGAUGCAAAAACUUGUACAGUCGUAAGCAGGCCGUGCUGAUUUGUCGUGUCACUACCCAAAAAAAAGCGAGAAAUGUACGGCCUCUCUUGUAUAAAUGCCCUCAAAACCAAACUUCUUUAACCAUUUAUCUUCGUUUCAGCCUUUCAAUUUGUCACUAGUAUGAAUGUGUUUCAAGGACGUUCGUUUCGAAAAUAGCAGGUAGACUUUUUCAAACCAUUUAGGACCAGCAGAAGUAAAAGUGGGCAGAACAGCGAUGCGGGCUGCGGGCUUCCGAGCCACUUCAAUGUUCUUGUAAGUAAGCCCCUUCGAAGAAGUUCAGCGACGGCAGAUUGUUACUUCUUCAUCCAGUUGCGCGUUCAAAAUCAAAUUCUUUCAAACAGGAAGCAAAAUGUAGAAAGAAAUGCAGCUUUGUAUAUUUUCUUUUUGAUUAGAAUGUAACAUACGACAAGAUAGAAUAGCAACUGUAAAAACUACAAGUUCAGAAUAUGAAAUUGGUCAAAAGAAUCGACGAGCCUGUAUCGAAAACUUGAAGAAGUCGAAG